ACCUGGAAUCUGUCCCAUUUCUAAACAUUUUCCAACCUUGCUGGUGAGAAAGGCCACAAAAACCAAUCCAAAAGCACUGAGUUUAAAGGCAGUCCGGAGACGUCCCUCUGCUUGGAUUAUUUUCCCUGUUACCACUCAUUGGAAGACAGGUUUACCAACACACGCACCCGGAAUCCCAGCCAAGAGCAAGCAGCAUUGUGGAAUCUGGACAGCAGGGUGGAAGGGUGGCCAGGGCAUCAGCAGAUGGAAACAUGAGGCGGCUGCUGGGCAGCAGCUGGAGGAAGUUUGGCCAUGCUGGCCGGGGGACGUACGAGUGGCUGACCAGCGAACCAAGCCUGCCACUUCUGGAGACCCAGCUGCAGGGCACCCAGCAGCUGAGUUCCACCCAGGCGGAUGUGGAGCCUUUCCUGUGCAUCCUGCUUCCGGCCACCAUUAUGCUCUUCUUGGCUUUCCUGCUGCUUUUCCUGUACAGACGCUGCCAGGCCCCACGGCCCCAAGGCCAGGUAUUCAGCAUCGACCUCCCAGAGUCCCCUUCUGGAGAGGUGACUGACUUCUUGCCCAGCCUACCUUGGGGCAGCGAGCAGAGUGUCCCCUACUCUCCACUGCCGGUCUUUGGGACCCUGCACUUGACCUGCCUGCCACCCUCCUAUGAAGAAGCCACGGGGAAUCCUCCUGGGAUAGACGUCCUGGACACGGAGCCUCAGAAUGGAGAAGAGUCACCCUGACCAGAGGAGCAAAGCCUAACUCUCUGGAAACCCUUUAAAAAAUGUUCCCGACUCUUACAGACCGAACUGGGGAAGAGAGGCCAUCCAGACCCAAGGAGAUGAGACUCGCUGCCACCCUACCCUAGGCUCCUUUCCAAGUAUCAGAUUUAGCUACUUCCCAGUUCCUUAGGGAAGAGAUUCCCCCAAGUCCUUAGAUAUAACUGAGCUCCCCUAAAUCAGCAACACCCCUCAGAAACGUGGAGAAGUUGUGUGCUGAGAAAAGAAAUGAACAGUCGGAUGACUGAUUUAACUAAAUGACUGAUUUAUA